CGGCUGCCAGGCCCCGACAGGCAGGAUUAAGCAUUAACAGGGGUCAGCUAACAACACCAGCAGGCGGGCAGCGCGGAGUGGGGGCCCAUCCGUCAGGCCUCACCUCUGACACGGCCGUCCAGCGUCCAGCGCGGGGCCAGCUGGGAAAUGCUGCGCGUGCUGACCUCGGCCAGUGCGGCCCUGGGGCCCCGGGCGGCAGGUUGGGUGCGGACCAUGGCUUCGCACCAGCUGCUGGUGGCUCCCCCGGAGGUCCUGCGAAAGCCCCUGUCCGUGCCCAAACGGCUCCUGCUGGGGCCGGGCCCCUCCAACCUGGCUCCGCGCGUCCUGGCGACUGGGAGCCUGCAGAUGAUCGGGCACAUGCACAAGGAGAUGUACCAGAUCAUGGACGAAAUCAAGCAAGGCAUCCAGUACGUGUUCCAGACCAGGAACCCCCUCACGCUGGCCGUUAGCGGCUCGGGACACUGUGUCCUGGAGACCGCCCUGGUCAACCUCCUGGAGCCCGGGGACUCCUUCCUGGCCGGGGUCAACGGCAUCUGGGGGCAGCGGGCGGCUGAAAUCGGCGAGCGUGUCGGUAAGGGCGAGGGCAAAGGGUGGAGCAUCGACGUCUUGUACACGGGCUCCCAGAAGUGCCUGAAUGCCCCCCCAGGCACCUCGCUCAUCUCCUUCAGUGACAAGGCCAAAAAGAAGAUCUACGCGCGGAAGACGAAGCCCUACUCCUUCUACAUGGACGUCAAGUGGCUGGCCAACUUCUGGGGCUGUGACGACAAGCCCAGGACAUACCAUCACACCACGCCCGUCACCUGCUUGUAUGCCCUGAGAGAGAGCCUGGCCCUCCUGGCGGAACAGGUGAGAGAGAAGGGGAGCGCUGGCUGUGGGCGGGGGGCCGGGAGGACAGAGCCCUGGGGCGGGCAGAUGGGGUGAUGGGGCCUGGAGGGC